AAUUCUUAUUCUUUAUUAGUUUCUGCAUAUGUUAUAAAAAGUAUUUUACUUUUUAAUGGAAUAUACAAUUAAUAACCAGCUUCACUAAAUGCAAAAAAAUAUGCCAAAAAACAAAGAAUUCUGGUACUGGCAGGAUGGUUUCUGGUUAAGAGAGCUUUCUUUUUAUCAGAGGACUAGAGUUCAGGUCAGUUUUCAAUAUAAGGUAGUUCACAAACACCUAAUAUUACAGUUCCAAGGGAUAUGAUGCCUCCUUCUCCCUGCCAUAUGCACUGGCACACACACACACACACACACACACAGAGAGAGAGAGAGAGAGAGAGAGAGAGAGAGAGAGAGAGAGAGAGAGAGAGGGGAGAGAGAGAGAGAGAGAGAGAGAGAGAGAGAGAGAGAGAGAGAGAUGCUACCAGCUAUCUGGUUUCUAAUGACUGGUAAUUAUUCAGUUUUAUGAAGACUAUAGCAAAAUGGAGACCAUAAACUUAAAACUAAUAGUCUCAGUGUCAGUGGUUCUAGUUUAUGAAAGAAUCUAUGUUGGUAGCCAUGACAGAGGAGUUGUAGUCAGCAAUGAAGCUUAUGCACUUCAUUUUAACAAACAAGAGCUAGACCCUGAUCAUCUCCAAAUACCCCUUGCUUCUGCUGUGCUUCCUUUUGUUUGUUACUGCUGUGUUCCUACCAUAUUCUGUGUGGUGUGAUUACUAUGUUAAAGGUUCAAACUAUACCUAGCACAAUGCUAUUAGUUCUUAGAAAAAAAAUUCAUGCCUUACUGCCCAAUUUACUUACAGAUCAUAGUUAAGACGAUUUUAUAAGAGAAAUAAUGAUCUAUGAAUUAAUUGUACUUUCUGGAUUAGCCUAAAAGAUUCAGUUAGUUAAGACAGUUAGUGAAGAUGAUUUUGGAUAAUGAUUUUGGUUAUUUUGCCAAUUACUCUAAUAAAAGACACAAAAAAUGCAAAAACAGGCUAAAAGUUACCUUCUCCUUUGUUAGAUGUGAAAUUUACAAAAAAUGAAGGAUAAAAAUAAGGAGGUUCCAUGCUUUAUAGACCCAUGAAUUCUGCCUGUGGAGCAACAGGCAGAUGAUUGCAGAAAACAAUUAUGUCCUACACCAUAUUUAGGCCUGAGUUCUUUUGUCAUGUAGUUUAGAGAAUUAAUCAUAGAUCCCAGCAUAUACCUUGAAGAAGCAAAAUAGUGAAAAAACAUCAAAUGACCCUAUUGUGUGUAAAGAAAAAUAAAUGGUUAGUUAGACCAAUUAAAUGAAGUUUUUUAGGUAUCUGCUACACUGAAGCCACAAACAGCUGCCUGCCAGUACAAAACGAACUGGUUGAAUAUACUUGGCUUACUUAAAACUUUGUUAGUUAAUUAAAAAAGAAUCAUUGCCUUGGGAUGAUGAUGUAAUGGUGGGAAAAUUAAUAUGAAGAAAAUUGUUUAACUACUUGUGGGCUUCUAAGAAGAACACGUAAUUUAUGAUCUUAAUAUGAUUUAUUCUUACAUAAAGAUUUUGUUUUUGGAAAAUAAGUAACUUGUGGUUGUGAGGUAAUCUUUUCUUAUGUAGAAAGUUUUAUAUUAGGAGGCAUAUGUGGGUAAACAAAUAUAGCAGAUAAAAUAAGAACAAAAGAUGUAGAAGGAAAAGUAUCAGGAAACAAAAAGAAAGAAAUCAUUAGGGGAAAAUAGAAAGAAAACAUUAGAAGGCAUAGGCGAACAACUGUGUAGAAAAAGUCAAACAAAAGCAACAGGGUAAAAGAACAGAGCAGAGAGAAAACAGAAGGAUAACAACCAGCAAAAGGAAAUAGAAAAUGAAGAAUGAAGCUUUGGCCCUCAAUUAAGGUUCCUGUGUGUAACUGCACAUAUGUCCAAUUGUUUAACUAUCCAUAUGUCCUCUCCAGCUUUUCUGACCUGGGAAAGCCUGCUGAGGACUGGGUCCCUCAGUGGUGAAACCACAAUCAAAUAAAUAGAUAAACUGAUUCUGAAUGCUAUCCAUGAGUUGCAUUGUGUCAACCUCAUUCUUCCUACUGGUCAUUGGUUAAACAUUGGACAAAUGCUACGAAUUAGGCACUCCCCUUCCUAUAAACAGCGUAUGACCGAAAAAAAAUAGACCAUCUGCACUAUCAGAAAAGUGAAGAAAAAUGAGUUUCAAACAGUGGUGUGUGGGACUAAAUGAUGGCCACAUCAUGCCUCUACUGGGCUAUGGCACUGCUCAAAAUCCACAGGUUUCUAAGAGUAAGAUAUUGGAGUCGACUAAAAUAGCAAUAGAUGUUGGGUUCCGCCAUAUUGAUGCUGCUUAUGUGUAUGAAAAUGAAGAGGAGAUAGGACAGGCUAUUCGAAGUAAGAUUGCAGAUGGUGUUGUGAAGAGAGAAGACAUAUUCCUCACUACAAAGCUAUGGUCUACGUUCCAUCGACCAGAACUGGUCCAAGUUUGCUUAGAAAAGUCACUGAAAAAAUUUCAGCUAGAUUAUGUUGAUCUCUAUCUAAUUCAUUACCCAAUUUCAAUUAAGCCAUCAGAAGAGAUGUAUACAAAAGAUGAAAAUGGAAAAAUAUUAUUUGAGACAGUAGAUCUCUGUGCUACAUGGGAGGCCAUGGAGAAAUGUAAGGAUGCAGGACUGGUCAAGUCCAUUGGAGUGUCCAACUUUAACCGCAGGCAGCUGGAGAUGAUUCUUAAUAAGCCAGGGCUCAAGUACAAGCCUGUGUGCAAUCAGGUAGAAUGUCAUCCUUAUCUGAACCAGAGCAAGCUGUUGGAUUUCUGCAAGUCAAGAGAUAUUGUUCUGGUUGCUUAUGCGGCCCUAGGUUCUCAACGUCCAAAAAUCUGGGUAGACCAGAAUGCCCUAUUUCUUUUGAAUGAUCCAGUUCUUUGUGCCAUGGCCAAAAAACACAAUAGAAGCCCAGCUCAGAUUGCCCUUGGCUACCAGAUGCAGCGUGGGGUCAUUGCCCUGGCACAUAGUUAUGAAGAGAACGAGAUGAAAGAGAACAUACAGGUACUUGAAUUCCAGUUGCCUCCAGAGGAUGUGGAAGUCAUAGAUGGCCUGCACAGAAAUUUCAGAUAUUUUCCUGCGACUGUGAGAUACUGUGACCAUGGAGUCUCUUCACAGCAAUAGAAACCCUAAGACACUACUUAGAGUAAAAUGAUGGGUGUUAUGUGAUAUUUUGUGUUUGUUCUGAAAAAGAAAACUUGCUUGGGAUCGGAGAAGAAGCACCCACAUUCUACUCGUCUGCAACACCCAUUUACGAGUUUCUGGGAAGGUAGGAAUCCGUGGGGUCGCCCUCUUAGACUAGCCAGCUAAGUGAAUGAAAAGGGUGGAUUGGUUUGGAUUGACAAUGGGUGCAGAAAUGUCUGUCACGGCAUUAAAAGAUCGGUUAACAGACCAAGUGCUGAGCCUUCUGGAAAAGCUGGGCACCAAUGUUAGGAUUGAGAUGACACAGGAGGUCGUUAAGACGAUUCCAGAGUUUAGUCCUUGGUUUUUAAUUGCUGGAGGCUUUAAUAUCACGGAUUGGGAACAGGUGAAGGCUGACCUUCAUACUGCACAGAAAGAACGGGGACCUAGAGCUUUCCCUCUAGCAGUUUUUUUGCUAUGGUGUUUAAUCAGAGAUGCUCUCCUCAGUAACGAUGUGAUAGUAAAAGAGCAGUUAGAGGUUUGAAACAAAACCCUUGAAUAAAUUCAGAAAGUAGAAUCUAUGAACUCUAUCAGGAGUUUUGAGGAGCAAGAGGCCAGGAGCGUCGAGGAUUUAAAAGAGGAAAAAGAGGUUUUGAAAGGUGAAAUCGCACUUCUAAACAAACAGCUAAAAAAAGAAAAAGGUGGGAUAGCAAACAGAGAUCUCCCUAUGAGAUCUCCACCACAAAAGACAUUCUUUGCUACCCCUAACCAUUGUGCCACUGCUUUUGCCCCUAUGGAUCUAGAGGCGGAAACACGAGAGAUGUCAGACAGACCCAAUAAUCUAAGUAGAGAGAGGCCAGUUUAUCCUGCUGAGGAAACUAUCGAUCAGCAAGUACUGAGAAACAGACAACUGCUUCUGCCCCUGGGGAAGUUACAGGCAGAAUUAGAUCUAGAAAUUGUUUUCAUUGUGGCAGGCCACGCCAGGCGGCAGGGCCGUGUGGAGUGGAGCCCGCGGGUGGCCCAGAACCAGGUGGUGUGGGGAGGGACCCGGGCAACCGCUGUGAUUGACAGCGGCCCUGCAGGGGACGAUGGUGGUGCAUGCCUCCCAUCCCAGCUCUUUGGAGACAGAGACCUACAGAUGUCUAUAAGUCCAAGGCCAGCCUGGUUACAAUUAAGUUCCUAAACAAAUAGAGGACGUCACUCCACCACCAGAGACCGGCAAGGGGAGCCGGUUGUGAUGGCACAUGCUGGUAGGAUUUGCCAAAGGAGGCAAACAGACCACGUGUUGGUUUGGGGGAGAGAAGGGGUAUAUAUGUGUUUCUGCAGGACGCAGACCAUCCCAUUUGGGUACUGGGGCAGCUUGUUCGUACUGUGGAUUUUUCUGUCGAGAGGCUUGAGGACGGAACAAAGCCAGGAGGUUCAGCCAACACUGACCUGUCAACCGUGUAGCUGAUGGAUUCCUGAGAGGCGGUCCGAGUGCCAAGGACUCUCCCUUUGCCCUUCUGCCCUCCCCCAUGCUCUGUCAGUCAUUGCUUCAGCGCCAAAAGCGACUUGCUGCCAGUUUUCCCUUUUUUUUCCUUAUCCUGUCAGCUGCUUCUGCUGAGCGCCGUGAGAAUUUCCAAGGCAGGUGGUAAAAUACCAUGGUCAUUCAAAUUGAGCUAAAUUCACGAUUAAAUACUGCAAUUAAUCUUUACGGAUUGGUUGUGGGUUUUUGCCUCUGUUGGUCACAGGAAAGGCUUUCUGCUGUUUUUCAUAGACCCUGGAAUACAAGAUUUACAAUUAAUUAUGAUCUAACUAGCUGUACCAGGGGCUCCAUUCACCGGUGCUGAAGCCCUUACUUAAAGAGCUCCAUUCUGAGCAGACUUCUUAGGGAUUGUGCAGGCACAAUCUCCUUUAGGAUUGCUUGCAUACACUGGCACAUCAUCCUCAUGAUUUCAUGAUGCCAGGGCCAAAGGCAAACUCAGGUCAAUAUUGCCACAUGGCAAGUCCUUUUGGCAUUCGCCUCAGAAUGUCUUUCAAUGUAAAUCUGGCUAAACUUGGUGAUGAGUAACUAAUGGCCAGAGACAGGUUAGGUUCUAUGGGGGGCCAUCCCAACCUAAGAUGGGUUCAAUGUGUUGAACCUGGACACGUUCCCAUGAAGGGUAACGAGUUUCUGCCUGACUUCCAUGCCGCCUAACACAGGCAUAGUUGCUUAAAUUUAUAUAAAUGGGGGACAUAUAGGGCACUGUCUUCCCUACUCCAUGAGGCACAAACACAAGAUGCAAGGACUUUUCUCGCCCGCCAGCCAAGCUUCCUGCUAGAUCCUGUGCUGUGCUCUCCCAGCCGGGUGGGUUAGGCUUGAGAUCUGUUUUAUCUUUGAUAUGGUAAUUUUCCACCUACAGAGAAGGAUUCUCACGGCGCCUGACUAUUCUCCUAACUGUCUGUCGCUAGACUCUUGCUAUCACCCCCCUGCCUGCGGAGGAAUUUCUCAGGGGCGCCAAGCUGAUAGCGCUAUUUUCUCACACCUGGCUGGGAGGGGGUUUGCUCUUCUGAGAAAGAAGUAUUUAACCUGGUGAAAACUGAAUAAAGUUGGCAUUUACCUUUGGGCAAAUGACCCAGAACUCUU